GGUACUCCCAUCUGUGUCCAAUUUCUUUUGAAUCUUUUCCAUCACGCCACAUCCAACAUGGCGUUGUUGUGCCGUUCUUUAUUUCAUGUCGGAAAAAAAUUUGGUUUACCCGAAUUUAAGAGGAGUAUUACGUUGUCACCUGUCAGCAGAUUGAAGGAAAUAAUCGAGAGGAAGGAAGGAAAAACUUUAACUAUUGAAGCUAAAAUUUUGCCAGACCCAAAUGACAGUCGCUUUUUCAAGGCAACUGAUAAUGACGCAUGUCCGCUUUGUGCAUUGGGGCUGGAAAUAAAGCACACAGAUGUUCUUAUUUUGAGUCAAUUUUUGAGGUCAGAUGGCUGCGUAAUACCUAGGAGAUUAACUGGUCUGUGCUCCAAGCAACAAAGAAGACUUGAAUCUUUGGUUGCAAUGGCACAAAAAGCUGGAUUGAUGAGUAAUUUGACACCUCACUGGUCUAACAAGGAUCCAAAGAAACGAUACAAGUGGAAAAAAUACAAUACGUAUUUUGAUGAAAAAACUAUCAAAGUUAAUUACCCUGGCAUAUACUAUCGCGAAUAAAAUAAUAAAUUGUUAUAUCCAAAUAUAA